CUGAAAUCCGAGGAAGCCAGCAGGCACAACGCUCGCGCCCUCUGCCUCCACGCCUUCUCUGUGGUCCUGGAAUACAAGACAACGCCGCCACACUGGAAAAUAUGCUGUUCUGCCAUCCCCAGCCUGAGUCCUACCACCAGCACUCUGCUAGUUACAUUAGAGAGGCGUUGGCGCCUUUCUUAAAGAACGAAGAAGCUCGGCUCAUGGCUGAAAAUGGUGCCAAAAGAACCCCGUUCCAGUACAUUCUGUGUGCAGCCACUUCACCGGCUGUGAAGCAGCAGGAGGAAGCGCUCACUUAUCUCAACCAAGGUCAGUCCUACGAAAUCCGUAUGCUUAACAGAAAACUAGUGGAGUAUACAGAUAUAAGCAGCAAAUAUGUGAAGAGCAUUGUGCGCGUGGUUUUCCAUGACCGUCGACUGCAGUACAUGGAGCACCAGCAGCUGGAGGGAUGGAAGUGGAACAGACCUGGAGACCGAAUCCUGGACAUAGAUAUCCCUCUGUCAGUGGGGAUCCUGGAGCCUUGUUCAGACCCUUUGCACCUCAACACCAUCGAAUUCCUCUGGGAUCCCCUGAAGAAUGCUUCUGUUUUCAUCCAGGUCAACUGCAUCAGCACAGAGUUCACCCCCCGGAAGCACGGCGGGGAGAAAGGGGUGCCCUUCCGAAUCCAGGUGGACACUUACACCACCAAUGAACACGGAGAAUACGUCGAGCAUUUCCACUCAUCCAGCUGCCAGGUCAAAGUCUUUAAGCCUAAAGGAGCUGAUCGCAAACUGAAGACAGAUCGGGAAAAGAUUGAUAAAAAGACCCCUCAAGAUAGAGAAAAGUAUCAGCCAUCCCAUGACGCUACCCUGCUGAAAGAGUGCUCGCCGUGGCCCGAUGCCUUAAAUCUAACCAGCCACAGCACCAGCAGCACGUCAUCACCAAUUUACCACAGCUCACCAACCUCCUGCACUUUCACUGAGGGCAACUGUUCUCCAAACCAGCAGGGGGAGCUGUUCAUGCCCGGCUGCUCUGAUCACCUUCUGCCGUCGUCCUCGCCGCAGGACACUCAGCAGUGGCUGCACCGUCACAGGUUCUCGCCUUUCUCAAGGCUCUUCACCAGCUUCGCAGGUGCUGAUCUCCUGAGGAUGACCAAGGAGGAUCUGAUCCAGAUCUGUGGUCCAGCAGACGGCAUCCGCCUCUUUAACACGAUGAAGGGAAGGUGUGUACAGCCCCGUCUUACCAUCUAUGUGUGUCAGCAGCAGGCCAGAAAUCAACCUUCCAUCAAACCAGGCUGUGGAGAAAUCUACCACGCUCUGUACCUGGAAGAGCUGACACUGCUGGACCUGUCUGAAAAGAUCGCUACACUGUACAACAUCACUCCACAACAGAUCACACAAAUCUACAGACAGAAAACCACCGGGAUCCACAUCUUGGUCUCAGAUGAGAUGGUGCAGAACCUCAGGGAAGAAACCAGUUUCAUCAUCAGCACCAUACGAGAUGAAAACACUGAUGGUUACCACGUUGUGUUAAAAUGAUCUCCGGGACGUGCCUCAGUGGAGUUGUACAGAUUGUAAAUACGUUUUACUAGACACUGUAAUGAUAAUAAUAUUAAUACUAAUAAUAAUGUGAUGUUUAAUAAGAUUUCUAUUAAAGUGAAAAUGCUUGUCAGCUCUUCGCUUACUGUUGAUUUUGAGCUUUAAUGUUCUCUAGUUAUUUUUUACAUAUUUGUUCAGUUACUGAUUCUUGCUUCAUGUUGCAAUUAGUGUUAACGAGCGCUGUAUCAUUCUUUAAUAUGUCAAAUGCAAUGCUGUAAAUGCAACUGAAUGACUCUGAUGAUAAUAAAGCAAAAUAAAUACAACACAUCAUCAUGCAGACAAAAUGAAACGAUGAACAAACAAAACUGUAUGAUGCUGUUUUAAUGA